AUGAGCGGCCCGGGCCCCCCUCACAGGCCGCGGACUGCGCGCCGGACCCUCGUGCCCGGGUCGGAGCUACGGGUGAUGCGGCGGGAGUGCGGCACCAUGGCUCGGGUCCUCCUGGGGGCGGCGUGCGCGGCUCUCUCGCCCGCCUCCCCCGGUCCGUCCCUGCUUGCCGCACGGGGCGAGACUCCACGCGGGGUCUCGCGGCUGGCCGCCGGCCCCGCACCGCCCCGGCGUGCCCCCGCGGACCCGGAUCCCGGGCGCCUUCCACUCGGGGGAAACGAUCGUCAGCGGACAGACCGCCUCUGGCAGGACGUGGAGCCUCGCUGUCACUCGGGAAGGGACGAGACAGUCACAGGCCGGGGGCGCGGGCGGCGCACGCGGUUGCCCAGUGGCCGAUGCUUUUGGAACGAGUCGGCGUGGACACUCGUGUUUCCAGGAGCCCGCGGUUUCCUGGAGGCCGAGUUCCGGGAAACGGCGGCCUGGGGCUCUAGGUCCUCCUCGGAGAGCUGCGGCGGCGCAGACCGAGGCACCCUCCACUCCUUGACAGGGGCUCCCAGGAGAGGCGGGCAGGCCGAGCGGCGACGCGGCCCGAAGUCGUGCGCGCGGGCGGCGAGGGGGCGCUGUGGCCUGCGCGGCUGCCGCCUCGUCCCCGCCGCGGUGGGCCCGGCGCCGUCCCCGGCCACCGAGGGCGCCCCGGCCCGGCCUCCCCUAGGUCGGUUGCAUUGGGGCAAACGGACAGCAACACUGGAGCGUUUGAAUAAAGCCUAG